AUGCCCUCCGCCGUCGUGACCACCGAUAGUCCGCAUCUCCGCGUGUCCGCCGCGAAGAACAAGGAUCUCGAUGCACAGAAUGACCAGCGGUCGGUUCGAAUUCCACCGUCAGAGUCGUCUAUAGUCGAGGACCAAUUCUUUUGGACAUAUACGGAAGAGCCUCACCGUUCAAGACGGCAAGCGAUUAUCAAAGCCCAUCCAGAGGUUACCAAGCUCUGUGGUUAUGAGCCUCUCACUAAAUAUGUGGUGUUUGGUGUUGUCUCCCUCCAGAUAUGCUGUGCAUAUCUACUCCGGGACACCUCGAUGCUGUCCUGGCGGUUUCUUGCAACCGCAUACUUGAUCGGAGCAACUGCCAAUCAGAACCUCUUCCUCGCUAUCCAUGAGAUUUCUCAUAACCUGGCCUUCCGGUCCCCAAUGGGUAAUCGUCUGUUGGCGAUUUUUGCCAAUCUCCCUAUUGGGGUGCCUUACAGUGCUGCGUUCCGGCCCUACCACCUAACGCAUCAUAAAUCCCUUGGUGUUGCAGGCCUCGAUACCGAUCUUCCGACUGCUGUUGAGGCCUUCCUCCUUGACUCCCUCCUCGGCAAGGCCUUCUUCUGCACUUUUCAGAUCCUCUUCUACGCCCUCCGGCCUAUGUUCAUCUACAGCCCGCCCUUCACCUACAUCCACACUCUGAACCUCGCCGUCCAACUCUCCUUCGACUACGCACUCGUCAAAUUCUGCGGCGGCUCACUACAGCCCUUCUUCUACCUCAUUCUCAGCUCAUUCCUCGCCGGCUCGCUCCAUCCAUGCGCUGGCCACUUCAUCGCAGAACAUUAUUUCUUCUCCAAAGUCGAUCACGGAACAGAGUCCAUCACAGAGCAGAAGGCGAAAUCCACCGAAAAGAAACAGCCCCAUCCCUUGGAUAACCUCCCUCCCCCGGAGACAUACUCCUACUAUGGGCCCCUCAACAUCCUGACUUACAACGUAGGUCUGCAUAAUGAACAUCACGAUUUCCCCGCGAUCCCUUGGACAAGAUUACCUGCGCUCCAUCGCAUCGCGAGCGAGUUUUACGAGCCGCUGCCUUCUCAUCGUUCCUGGGUGUGGGUUAUCUGGACGUUUAUUCUGGACAAGAAUGUCGGGAUGUGGUGUCGGGUUAAGAGAGCCCAGGGGGGCCGGCUUGUCGGUGGUGGCGGGAAGUCCGGACGUAGCGGAGAGACUAUCUCGGCUGAGUCGGCUGGGCCGGAGGAAAAUGAAGAUGGGUGGAAGGAGAGUGAACUUCAAAACUGA